UUAAGCUUUUAUAUAUCAUCUUGUUAAUAGCUUAAAUUAUAAAAUCUUAAGAUUGAUAAUAUCAUAGUAAGAAAAAAAGAGGGAAUGGUGUUAUUUGGGAUAUUAACUUUGUUGGCAAUAUUAGCUCUCUUUUUAUUUUUGAAACUAAUAUUUUCUUGGUGGAUUUCACCAAUUUUAAGAAAUCGUAUGCUUCAUAGAUGUGGAUUUCAAGGGCCACCCCCAAAUUUUCCAUUUGGAAAUGUCCUAGAGAUGAAAAAGAAGAAUGGUUUUCAUUCUUCAUUUGGGUCCUCAAAGCUAACCCAUGAUAUACAUUCAUUUGUUUUCCCCUAUUUUUCUAGGUGGCAAAAUUCUCAUGGGAAAGUUUUCAUCUAUUGGCUAGGGACAGAACCUUUUCUAUACAUUGCAGAUCCAGAAUUCUUGAAGAAAAUGUCCACAGAGGUUAUAGCAAAAAGAUGGGGAAAACCAAAUGUGUUUAAAAAUGAUAGAGAGCCUAUGUUUGGAAAGGGUUUGGUGAUGGCUGAAGGCAAUGAAUGGGUUUAUCAUAGGCAUCUUAUUGCCCCAACAUUUUCUCCUCUCAACUUAAAGGAAAUGUCAAGCAUGAUGGUAGAAUCUACAAAGAAAAUGAUGGAUAGAUGGAUUACUCGAAUCAACCCCGGUGGAAACCUCGAAAUUGAUAUCGAAAGAGAGAUCUUUGCAACCUCAGGAGAGAUCAUAGCAAGUACAAGCAUGGGUAUAGAUGAUGAAAAUGCAAGAACAAUUUGUGAAAAAUUACGUACCCUAAAAAUGAGACUUUUCAAGACAAGAUAUGUAGGUGUUCCAUUUAUAGAGUUUAUUGACAUAAAAAGAACCAUAGAAGCAAAGAAACUUGGGAAAGAGAUAGAUAAGCUUUUGCUUUGUAUCAUAGAAACUCGAAAGGAAUCAAAAGUGGAAAGAAAAGGUAGAGUAGAUUUGUUGGAUUUGUUGUUGGAUGAAAAUGAAAACUAUGGGAAAAGAUUGAGCACAAAACAAUUAGUGGAUGAAUGCAAGACUUUCUUCUUUGCUGGCCUUGACACAUCAGCAUUGGCUAUUUCUUGGACUUUGAUGCUUUUAGCUAUGAAUGAAGAUUGGCAAAAUCAAUUGAGAGAUGAGAUAAAAGAUGUGGUGGGUGAUAAAGAAGUUGACAUCAAUGUGAUUGCUGGUUUGAAAAAGAUGAAGUGUGUAAUGAAUGAAGUUCUAAGGCUCUAUCCAUCAGCACCAAAUCUUCAAAGGCAAGCUAGAGAAGACAUUAAAUUUGGUAAUUUAACAAUUCCUAAUGGGACCAACAUGUGGAUCGACGUUGUCGCGAUGCACCAUGACCCAUUGUUGUGGGGAGAAAAUGUGAAUGAGUUUCAACCAGAAAGGUUCAUGGGCGAUAUCAAUGGUGGAUGCAACCAAAAAAUGGGAUAUUUACCUUUUGGGUUUGGAGGAAGAAUGUGUCUUGGUAGAAACUUGAGCUUCAUGGAGCAUAAAAUAGUGUUAACCCUACUUCUCUCUAGAUUUAGAUUUAAAAUGUCCCCAACUUAUAUCCAUUCACCUUCUAUUAUGCUCUCACUAAGGCCAGCUUAUGGACUUCCUCUAAUAGUUCAGUCCAUUUAGUUUAUACUGCGUAAUUAAUGGCUUAUAUCAAUUUUUUGAAAAACCGUGCUACUGUUAGUAAAGAGUCUUUCACUAAGGUGGUGUCUAGGGCCAAGAAAAAAAUAUGCAGAAGGGUUUUCAGGUUCAUCAUAUCCGGUCUAGAGGCAGGCUUUCAGAUUGAGUUUUACUUGGUUUGUUAUAUUUUUUCUUUUCUCUUCGAUUGUAAUGCUUUUUCUUUUAUUUUGGUUUGUAAUUAAUCUCUCUUUGUAACUCCAAAUUUAGUGGGGUUUGAUUCUGUGAAAAGAUAACUCGAUUACGGUCAUUUCGAUAUC